AUUCCGGGAGAUUGAAUUGGGGUGCCCUCCCGCCACUGCUGCCAGCCGGUAAACAGAUUGAAAUUCACGUUGUCCGCAACGGUUUUCUCUGCUGCACCCAACACCGCACGUACGAGAAAGAGAGAGAGAGAGACUUGGUUAUCGCACGAGACGUUAACUCGUCGUCAAAAUGCCGAGGACCAAGCGCGCCAGAGCGACCAGCAAUUCGACGGAGCGUUACUCGGCGGUGAAGACCUUCGAGAGACACGUUCAGCUUCGUAUCGUCAAGAUGGAACGUGACGCACAGGCGGCUCUCAAGAGCUUCAGCGCCUUCGUCGAGGUCACAGUUUCUCGUCUACCAAUGAAGAUUCGUCAGUUGACGUUGGGCGAGUUAAUAAACUGGCAAGAGUGCGACAGUCAGAAGGAAAACUCGCCGGUCAAGGAUCUUCGUCAUAUGCAACCACCCGCCGUCCCUAGGCCGAGAAAAACGAACAAGACUGCUAAACGUGCCACCACCGCUGCGUCCGACGAUGGAUACGUGACCGAAGGUACCAGCGUGGGCAGCACGUCACGGACGACUAAAACACAGACUUUAACCCCAGCGUCGACUGUGAGGACGCGCAGUUUCACUAGAGCAAGCAGAGCAAAACUCAGUGAGAUCAAUGAGAAGACGGUGACAGCCAAGCCGAAGAAUAAGGACCGUCGAAAUGGAUCUCUACAGAAUAAGCUUUUUCAGACGCCAAUGAUGCAGCCCUUAGGCAACGUGUAUAGCGUGGUCACGCCCAAAGUCAAGCCCAACACACCGUUGAACGUGCUGAGACGUCCGCGUCAAGGAGAAAUGGUCCUCAGCAUGCAGGGCAGCCCGCUAUUGGUCUCCGCUGUUGUCGAGGAGAGAACUGCUAAUAUCAAUGUACCUUUGGCUAACGGCAACGUCAUGUCCUUGUUGCCUCAAGAAGGAUUGCGCAUGUCAAACAUUCCUUCGCUGGAUCCUGAGACAAUGCAUCAGUUAGAGACUCUUAAGAAUCACAUUGAGAAAGUUAUCUCAUUCAAGUAGUAAACCAAUGUGUAACUCGACUGAGUGGAUACAAUUCUUUCAUUACGAUGUAAAUAUUUAUAGAAAUUAUUUUAUGAUUAUUUAUAUCUUACUGUAUUGUAAACGUUCGAUAAACUGACCUAUGUGUCUGUACGUUCUUAUUUUAUAAUUUUAUACAAGUAUAGAUAUUUCUAACAAUAAACUUUAAAUAUUCAUACGAUUGCGCAUGUCUACGUAUAUAUGUUUAGUGUAACUAGGUUCACUUAUAUCGUGUAGAAAUUCGAAUAAAUGAUAUCUCUUUUACUUGAAGAUUCGUGACUUGCCCACUUAUCAGAGGGAACUCUAAAUCACGCUUGUGUUAACGAUUACCAGCCUAAUUGUAAGCGAUACUUGUUUGUUAACAUUUUUAUAUGAUUCUCGUUGAAACGUUUGUGACCAUGGGAGUCAAUUCUGUAUCUUACAAUAUAGUGAAAAUGCUAAAAGUGAA